AUAUUGCCCUUUAUUCAUGCUAUCAAUAUGAAACGCAAAUUGAACGAGAACAAUGAACCUGUGUUAGUGGCGGCGACCAACAAAAAAAAGAACGAUACCGAGGUGUCUUCUGUCGUCGCCAAUGCCGCCCCCUCCUCUGAAGCCGCCACUGUAGCCGCCUCGCCCUCCUUCGCCGAUCUUGGGCUCGAUCCGCGACUCCUUCAAGCUGUAGCUCAACAGUCCUUUCAGAAACCGACCCUGGUGCAAAGUAAAGCCAUACCUCUUGCAUUGGAGGGACGCGAUGUUCUGGCUAAGGCUAAGACUGGCAGUGGCAAGACUGCUGCCUAUGUCCUCCCUAUCCUCCAAGCAGUAUUGAAGCGCAAACAGAUCAACCCCAGUGCUACAUACACCUCUGCUCUCAUUCUGGUUCCCACUCGGGAGCUCACGGUCCAAGUCACCAAGGAAGUUGAGCGGUUCAGCGCAUUCUGUGCCAAGGACGUACAGGUCGUCGGGCUUACCGACAAGGUAUCCGAUGCGGUCCAGAGGUCUCUUUUACAGUCCAGCUCCCCAGACAUUGUCGUUUCGACUCCAUCCACGGCAUGGCGAAAUGUGGACUCGGGAGCUUUGUCUUUGGACAAGCUGUCGCAUCUGGUCCUUGACGAGGCCGACCUUGUUUUGUCCUAUGGCUACGAUGAGGACCUGGAGAAGGUCGCACGUAGCUUGCCCAAGGGAGUUCAGACAGUCAUGACAAGCGCCACGCUCACUGACGAGAUUGACACCCUCAAGGGCAUCUUCCUCCGCGAUCCUGUCCUGUUGGACCUGGAGGAGCCUGACGCAAAGGGUUCGGAGAUCACACAAUACAUUGUAAAGUGUGGUGAAGACGAAAAAUUCCUCUUGGCUUACAUUCUGUUCAAGCUCCAACUCAUCAAGGGCAAAGUCAUCAUAUUUGUGGCAGACGUCGAUCGGUGCUACCGCCUCAAGCUGUUCUUUGAGCAAUUUGGUAUUCGCAGCUGUAUUCUCAACUCGGAGCUGCCAGUAAACACGAGGAUAUCAGUUGUCGAAGAGUUUAACCGCAAUGUCUAUGACAUAAUAAUAGCAUCCGAUGAGAACGAAAUGAUGGGUGAUGAGGACCGCCCAGCACCAACCGGAGAUGGAAAAGAAGAAGCCGAGACCGACAAGAAGCAGGAGAACGAAGAUGAGGGUCAAGAUGGCGAAGCGUCAAAAGCAGCAUCUAGACCCAAAAAGAAGCGGAAGAUGGACAGGAAACGGGACAAGCAGUAUGGUGUGUCUCGAGGCAUCGACUUUAAGAAUGUCGCGGUGGUUGUCAACUUUGACCUGCCGCUAUCGUCAACUUCGUAUACACACCGUAUCGGCCGGACAGGUCGAGCUGGACAGACGGGCAUGGUGCUGAGCUUCUACGUGCCUAAAGAGCUUUUCAGGAAGCACAUUCCGACCAGCAUCGAUUCGGCUGAGAAUGACGAGAAGGUUCUGGCGCGCGUCAUCAAGCAACAGAAGAAGCUGGGUCGUGAGAUCAAGCCUUACAACUUUGACAGGGACCAGGUUGAGAGCUUCCGGUACCGAAUGAACGAUGCCCUGCGAGCCGUCACCAAGAUCGCGGUACGAGAGGCGCGCACGCGUGAGCUGCGGCAGGAGCUGCUCAAGAGCGAGAAGCUCAAGCGUCACUUUGAAGAAAACCCAGCCGAGCUGCAGCAUCUUGUGCGUCACGACGGGGAGCUUCGAACUGCGCGCGCAAACCCUGAACUGCGGCAUGUCCCAGAUUAUCUGCUGCCCAAGGAGGGAAGAAAGGGUCUCUCGGCGGCCGAGAUUGGUUUCGUCCCGUUGAGGAAGAGCUCCGAUCGGCAAAAGAAGGGCAAGUUCUUCAAGAAGGGCGGUGCCCGCAGUUUCAAGGUUGGUGGGAGGAAGUCGGAUCCGUUGAAGACAUUCAAGGCGAAAAGGAAAUCCAAGUGA